AAAACAACGUAAAAACGCACAACCUGGGACUCAAUCAAACGCUCGGUUCUGUUUCUCUUCUCCACUAGGGUUUUCACUCGUCGUCUGCUAAGAAAUGGCUAUCACAGUGGACCAAGGUGAAGAACUUGAGUCUGGACCAGCUGAUUGGACAGAUUCAGAAGAGACAAUUUUAAUUCACUUAAUGCUGAAAGAGAUACAGAAAGGAAAUAAACCUUUCACUACUUUUACAAAGACAGGCUGGAAUAAUAUUGAAGCUGGGUUUAAAGAGAAGACUGGCAAGAGAUACAGCCAUCCACAGUUUAGAAAUAAGUUCAAUCAGAUGAGGAUACGCUAUUUUGAUUUCUGUAUGCUGUCAAAAGAACCUGGUUUCACUUUGGACCCUGUGCUGGGUAAGCUAGAUGCAACUGAUGAUGUCUGGAAAUCAGCCAUCAAGGCAAACAAGAAGACAAAGAGAUUCAGGAGAAGAGGGUGCCCUCUGUACAAUGAGUUGGGGGUUAUUUAUGGUGAACCAGUGGGAAAGUCCACAAAUGUUUCUCAGGUAGCUCAAUGCUCACUGGAUACGGAUGUUAAGUGUUUAGAAGAUCAAUCAACUAAUGCUAGUCCAUCGGAAUCAGUUCGUGGAAGUAGUGACAACGAAGAUUAUCCUUCAAGAAGUGUCAGGCAACGUUGUCAAAAGUUGCCCUCCUUGAGGAAUGAAGUACAAGAGGUGAAGGAUUUGAGGCCGAUUGUUGAUGGCGGAGCUUUAGAGUCCACUCAAAUUAUAGUUCCUAGCAGUACAGCCAAUAAGAAACAUACUGACGUUGCCUACCUGCAGACACCCGCCACAAACCAUGUCGGAACACUUCAAUCUAGCAGCCCCUUUUCAAUCACGAAUUGUGUGAAGUGCCUGGAGUCCAUCCAAGGGAUUGAUGCUACCACUUACCUGAAGGCAAUCAAAAUGUUCAAAGAUGUUGAUUGGAGGGAGAUGUUCAUGGCUAUGUCAGGCGAAAGAAGACUCGAUUGGUUGGCAAGCUUGGAUUGAACUUGGUAGCAGUUGAAUUUGUGUAGUUAUCUAGUUACUGUACUUAUGUGAUCGCACUAAAUCUGGACUAAUGGGUGCGGUGCGGUGCGGUGCGGUGUUUA